AGUGACGCGUGCGCAUAUUAUCGAGGAAGAAGAAAAGCACCAGUGUUUAAGUCACGGCAGAAAUUUGUAAACAUCAGCGAGCAGAGCGACGUGUGUGCGUCGUUAGGAUGGAAAUAUAGAGGUUCACCUAAAGGUGUGGGACUUAACUUUGUUCUUCAGUGCAUGGAAUCAAAGCCAAUGCGCAGGGCCUCCAGCGUACGCCAAGACACCACUGGAAUGGACAUCACCAGCCGCUGCACUCUGGGGGACCCCAACAAACUCCCUGAAGGGGUCCCCCAGCCUGCACGCAUGCCCUACGUCUCAGACAAACACCCGCGGCAGACCCUGGAGGUGAUCAACCUGCUGAGGAAACACCGUGAGCUCUGUGACGUGGUGCUGGUGGUGGGGGCCAAGAAGAUCUACGCUCACCGUGUGAUUCUAUCCGCCUGCAGCCCCUAUUUCAGGGCAAUGUUUACUGGGGAGCUGGCAGAAAGCAGACAGACUGAGGUAGUUAUCCGGGACAUCGACGAGAGAGCCAUGGAGCUGCUCAUUGACUUUGCCUACACCUCACAGGUGACUGUAGAGGAGGGGAAUGUGCAAACACUUCUUCCCGCAGCCUGCCUCCUCCAGCUGGCUGAGAUCCAGGAGGCCUGCUGCGAGUUCCUCAAGAGGCAGCUGGAUCCCUCCAACUGUCUGGGCAUCAGGGCUUUCGCUGACACGCACUCUUGCCGCGAGCUGCUCCGCAUUGCAGACAAGUUCACCCAGCACAAUUUUCAAGAGGUCAUGGAAAGUGAAGAGUUCAUGCUGCUGCCAGCCAACCAGCUGAUCGAUAUAAUCUCUAGUGAUGAGCUAAACGUGCGGAGCGAGGAGCAGGUCUUCAACGCGGUGAUGGCCUGGGUGAAAUACAGCAUCCAGGAACGCAGGCCGCAGCUGCCACAGGUCCUGCAGCAUGUACGUCUGCCGCUGCUCAGUCCCAAGUUCCUGGUCGGCACUGUGGGUUCAGAUCCACUCAUCAAGAGUGACGAGGAGUGCAGAGACCUGGUUGAUGAAGCGAAGAAUUAUCUGCUGCUGCCACAGGAGAGGCCCCUGAUGCAGGGCCCCAGGACACGGCCGAGGAAACCCAUCCGCUGUGGAGAGGUUCUUUUUGCAGUUGGUGGAUGGUGCAGCGGAGACGCCAUUUCCAGCGUGGAGCGAUACGAUCCUCAGACCAACGAGUGGCGGAUGGUAGCAUCGAUGAGCAAGCGGCGAUGUGGGGUCGGUGUCAGUGUCCUGGACGACUUGCUGUACGCGGUGGGAGGUCACGACGGCUCGUCGUAUCUCAAUUCUGUGGAGAGAUAUGAUCCUAAGACAAAUCAGUGGAGCAGUGACGUGGCUCCUACAAGCACGUGUCGCACCAGUGUGGGCGUGGCUGUCCUGGGUGGUUACCUGUACGCCGUAGGAGGUCAGGAUGGGGUUUCUUGCCUCAACAUUGUGGAAAGAUAUGAUCCAAAGGAGAACAAAUGGACUCGUGUGGCCUCCAUGAGCACCAGGCGACUGGGUGUAGCUGUGGCUGUGCUCGGAGGGUUUCUUUAUGCGGUGGGAGGUUCGGAUGGAACGUCACCGUUAAAUACAGUGGAGCGCUACAACCCGCAGGAGAACCGCUGGCACACCGUAUCCCCGAUGGGCACCAGGAGGAAGCACCUGGGCUGUGCCGUCUACCAGGACAUGAUUUACUCUGUCGGAGGGAGGGACGACACCACGGAGUUGAGCAGUGCAGAGCGGUACAACCCCAGGACCAACCAGUGGUCUCCUGUGGUGGCCAUGACCUCCAGGCGGAGCGGGGUGGGCUUGGCUGUGGUUAACGGUCAGCUGAUGGCAGUAGGAGGCUUUGACGGAACGACGUAUCUCAAAACUAUAGAAGUCUACGACCCUGACGCCAACACAUGGAGGUUGUACGGAGGAAUGAACUACCGUCGACUAGGUGGAGGGGUGGGUGUCAUAAAAAUGACUCAUUGUGAAUCUCACAUAUGGUAACAACACCACCACCUCCACCGCUCUACACUCACUCACUCACUUCUCAUCACAUUGCAAUGGAUGCCUCUUUUCUGCAACUCUCGUGCCUCCAGAAGAGAUGCUGUCAAAUGAUGCGAGGAUGAGAGGAAAGUGUGUCUGGAGGGGCACAGCUCGAGAGGGAAAGAGGGACAAACUCCUAGUUCCUCCCCUCUAUUUCCACUCUAAAGUGAGUGACUCUGGUUGUCUUCGUCCGACUGUGAUCAGCGUGAAGUGGGCCAAGUACCAUUAAGCUUCGUGGGAGAGGGCAGUCCAUGUCCUGUGACCGCGGUUUUAUCGGUCGCGGAUAUUUGAAUGGAACAACUGAACUCCAUCAGACUUCAAUGUUAAUUAUUCAACGUCCAAAAAGCAUCAGGUCACUGGAAGAGGGCUUUUUCCAUCACCUUCGCCAUAUCUCCGAAAUUCUUUGGGCUUUGAAGCGUACAUCUCCACUGCGGCUGGAUCUCGUGUGUAGAAUCGAAGAGUAGAAAAUGGACAGGUAGUUUCCCCUCUGCCUUCACACUGUUACUGAAUGGGACUGCUGCACUUUACAGGAGGCUACUGUAGCCUUUUGUUACAUUUUUGAUAUAAUUUCAGUUUAGUUAAAAGGAUUGUUUCUGCUUAUAUGAGAUUCAGACAUAGACUGUGCUGUUUGCUUUCCCGUCAUCUAGAACCUGGUAAACACAUUUUAGCCUCUUAACCUAAGGCCAACCUAAUUUAAUCUAAUCUAAGAUAUCGUAGGAAUAUGUUCGCUGCAUUAUUUCGCCAUAAAACAGCUUUAUGUUGCUCUGUAAAUUGCCACACCAAACUACCAAACUACAAAUCAGCAUUUUUAACUUGUGGGGACACAGAGGCUUCUUGUCUGCUGCGGCCUCAUUUUGGUCAGUUCGUUUCACUUAUUUAAAUCCAAAUGAGGGAUUUAAA